AUGGCUGGGUACAGAGCUGAUGAUGAGUAUGAUUACCUGUUCAAGCUCGUCCUCAUCGGGGAUUCUGGGGUCGGAAAAUCCAAUCUCUUGUCUAGGUUCACCAAGAACGAAUUCAAUCUGGAGUCCAAGUCUACCAUCGGCGUUGAAUUCGCCACCAGGAGCCUCACCAUCGACGGCAAAGUCAUCAAAGCUCAGAUUUGGGACACUGCUGGUCAAGAGAGAUAUCGUGCCAUUACUAGUGCUUACUACCGAGGUGCCGUUGGUGCAUUACUCGUGUAUGAUGUCACACGCCGUCCUACUUUUGAGAACGUUCUGAGAUGGCUUAGGGAGCUGAGGGAACACACAGACCCAAACAUCGUGGUCAUGCUCAUCGGAAACAAGUCAGAUCUUCGGCAUCUUGUGGCAGUCUCAACCGAGGACGGCAAGGAAUUAGCUGAGAGGGAGUCUCUCUACUUCAUGGAGACCUCUGCUUUGGAAGCUACAAAUGUGGAUAACGCAUUCACUGAAGUCCUUUCUCAGAUUCAUAAGAUUACAAGCAGAAAAACAGUUGAGGCCGGAGAUGAAGCUGCUACUUCCUCUGUGCCAUCUAAAGGGGAAACAAUUAACAUCAAAGAUAACACGUCUGGUUGGAAGAGAUUUGGGUGCUGUUCAGGCUGA